AUGCGAUUCCUCGUCGUUAUCUGUCUGUUUGGCGCGGCAUGUGCCCAGUAUAACUAUGGACAAGGAUUUGACACUCCCUCCGCAAGUAACGACGCCCCUGCAUACAACGAGCCCAGCUACGGUGGCGCUGAGUCCAGCCCCGGCGCAUCCUAUGCUCCAUCGGGUGGACUCAACAAAGAAUUCUACACAUUCGAGGCCAAUGAGGAUGAUUUCAACGAUCCAGCUGGCAGUGAAAGGGUUGCCAACAGCGUCGACAAAGGUCUGCGCGUGAUCUUCAUCAAGGGACCCGAGAACCGUGGCCUGGAGGAUGCAGCUCUGGCUCUAGCCAAACAGGCUGCCCAGCAACAGACCGCCAUCUAUGUCCUGAACAAGCAAACAGACAUCGGUGAUCUGGCCAACAAGUUUAACGCCGCGCGCCAGAACUCUAACGCCAGGCCUGAGGUGCACUUCGUCAAGUACCGCACUCCUCAGGAUGCUGCCAACGCACAGAAGGCUAUCCAGAGCCAAUACGACUCUCAGGGCGGCUCAAGCCAGCACAUCAACGGUGGAGUUGCCCCAGCCAUUAACUUUGCCUCUCGUGCGCCAACCGGCCAUUCGAGCGGAGGAAAUGGUGGCUUUGCCGCUCAAAGUGCGCCUAGUGCCUCAUACCUGCCAGCCAACAUUUUGCGCCGCCUGCGUUUGCGUUAG